AUGACCACUAAAAGAGUGAAACCAAUUUGUGAUCCUGAAAAGGAAACAGACGUAAAGAAGAAACAAACAUAUUCUUACUCUCAAAAGAGUUGUAUUAAGAAGUGUCUUUCAGACGAAAUAAUUCGACAAUGUCAUUGUGCGGGAACACAGUUCUUACUUGAUAUGAAAACGUGUUCAGCAGACAACGAGACGGAAGUAAAACUAAAUUCUUUCUUCUUUAUAAGAACAACAACAUACAAUCAUGUAACAUCGACAGUUGUAUGGCCUGCUAAAAAAUAUUUGCCGUCCUUCCUUGAAGAACUGUUCAGAGUACGUCAUAAAGUGAUCGAUUUGUUGAAGAACAUCUCCGAUAUAACUCAGUAUUCAAGAAAAAACUUCCUGAGGAUCAAUAUAUUUUUUCAAGAAUUACAAGAAAAAAAAACGCUGCAACGUCAUUCGUAUGGGAUAGCAAAGUUACUAUCGGACAUUGGUGGUCAGUUGGGCCUAUGGGUUGGAGUUUCAGUAAUGACACUGCCAGAUUUCGCUAAAGCAUUGACAAAGUCCAUACAGGCUUUUUAUCGAUGGAUAAAGAAAAAUAUUGUCAAAAAACGUUACAGUUUUUUCCAUUUGGCUCCUCCAGAAAAUUGUUUGAAUGAAAAAGAGCAACAGUCCUCGUCUACUAAUGACUGGCCAACUGUUUAUUCAACUGGUAGUGUAACCAUACAAACCUCUCCGUCUGUAAGCCAAGAACAUUUGAAACAAUAACAGUUUUAAGUUAUGAAAAAAUAUGUAACAAUGAAUAUUGAUGUUGCUAUGAAAGGAAGCACAAGAACUCCAAAUCUGAGUAAAAGAAAAAGCAAUAGGAUUACAAUUGCUUAAGAAAAUUCUCCCGAACAAAAGACAGAUUUCACUAACAAGUGUUCCCCCUGUCGAUGUUUCUCUGUAACAUAGAAAUGAACAUAAAAUUUACAUGAGAGUUUCAAUACAUGUGCAAGCAGCCGAAA